AAAGAUGGCGGCGUCAGAGGGGGCGCGCAGCGGCCGCACAACGGCAAAACGAUUCUAACUAGCUUCAAUUUGACCGAAUAUAGCCAACCGGGUGUCUUUUAUUACUACUCGGAUGCCACCCGGAGCAAGGAAUUAGAGGCAGUCGCUGUCACACGCCGGGGUUGGGAUUUUAUUGUUAAAGGCAGGGUGGGUGGGUUUCACUGAUAGCAGCUAACGUUAGCUAACGGGCUAGCUAGGCGAGCUAACACGGGCUAGUUUUACUUUAGCCCACUGAAAGAACGGCGGGGAAGGGAUUGAGGAAGAGUAUUCGGGCCAGGCCGCUCCAGCUUUGGGGGAAUGUGAACCAGACGCGCGCAGGGGGGUUUGCUUGCUUCGUCCUCACGCCAAACUACCGGGAUGGGACAGCAGGUUGGCCGAGUCGGUGAGGGUACAUCGACCGGGCUCCAGCCACCACAGCCCCACGCGCCCCAACCACACCAAGGGAAGGGGAACCGGGGGAGCGGCGUCGGGAGGAGACCCCGGGAACCCGGCAGUAGCACCGGGACACCGCCAGGCAGGACAGCUCCAGUCAAUGUGCCCGAUCCAGGCAUCAAUAUAUUCACGCAGCAUUCAGCGACCGAGAGCGACCCUAACCUCUUUGUUGCACUUUAUGACUUUGUUGCUAGUGGAGACAACACACUCAGCAUCACCAAAGGUGAGAAGCUGCGUGUGCUGGGCUACAACCAGAAUGGAGAGUGGAGUGAAGUGAGGUCUAAAAACGGUCAGGGAUGGGUUCCCUCCAACUACAUCACGCCGGUCAACAGCCUGGAGAAGCAUAGCUGGUACCACGGGCCCGUUUCCCGCAGCGCUGCAGAGUAUCUGCUCUCAUCACUUAUCAAUGGCAGUUUUCUGGUGCGAGAAAGCGAGAGCAGCCCCGGACAGCUGUCCAUAUCUCUGCGCUAUGAGGGCAGAGUGUACCACUACCGGAUCAACACAGCCACGGAUGGAAAGGUGUACGUAACGUCCGAAAGCCGAUUCGCCACUCUGGCCGAGCUGGUCCAUCACCACUCCACUGUACCUGAUGGUCUGGUCACCACGCUGCACUACCCUGCACCCAAAUGUAACAAGCCUACGGUGUACGGUGUGUCACCCAUCCAUGAUAAGUGGGAGAUGGAGCGCACAGACAUCACCAUGAAGCACAAGCUGGGAGGAGGCCAGUAUGGGGAGGUGUAUGUCGGAGUGUGGAAAAAGUACAACCUCACUGUGGCUGUCAAAACACUAAAGGAAGACACCAUGGAAGUAGAGGAGUUUUUGAAAGAGGCAGCAGUUAUGAAAGAGGUCAAACACCCAAACCUCGUUCAGCUGCUGGGUGUGUGUACGUUAGAGCCUCCAUUCUACAUUGUGACCGAGUAUAUGCCACAUGGCAACCUACUGGACUACUUGAGAGAGUGUGAACGCGAUGAGGUGAAUGCUGUUGCGCUGCUAUACAUGGCAACGCAGAUCUCCUCUGCCAUGGAGUAUCUGGAGAAAAAGAACUUUAUACACAGGGAUCUCGCAGCAAGGAACUGCCUGGUCGGUGAAAAUCAUGUCGUGAAGGUUGCCGAUUUCGGCCUGAGCCGGUUGAUGACCGGUGACACCUACACCGCCCACGCUGGGGCCAAGUUCCCCAUCAAAUGGACCGCACCGGAGAGCCUCGCCUACAACACCUUCUCCAUCAAGUCUGAUGUCUGGGCUUUUGGAGUGCUACUUUGGGAAAUUGCCACUUAUGGCAUGUCUCCCUACCCGGGUAUCGAUUUGUCUCAGGUCUACGAUCUCUUGGAGAAAGGCUAUCGCAUGGAGCAACCUGAGGGAUGCCCGCCCAAAGUUUAUGAACUGAUGAGGGCAUGCUGGCAGUGGAGCCCGUUGGAUCGACCUUCGUUUGCAGAGAUCCACCAAGCCUUCGAAACGAUGUUUCACGGCUCGAGCAUUUCUGAAGAGGUGGCAGAGGAGCUCUGCAAGACAGCAUCCUCCGAUCACAGCGGACCGCUGCAGUCUUUCAGUCAUGACAUGCCCCUGUUGCCUUCCAAAUCUCGCCCACUCCACAAGCACACAGAAAACAAGGAAAACAUCGAGGGUGGACUGGACGGCCGCACCGACCACUGCACGCACGGUCACUCAGGUUGGGCGUCAUCUUUGCUCGGAGGGGACGGCCGAUCAGGCAGCUCCCCAGCCCUCCCCAGAAAGCAACAGUCAAGAGACAAAUCCCCCAGCAGCCUUUUAGAGGAUGCACAGGAUGUGGGCACAUUUACACGAGACCGCAAGACUGGGUUCUUUAGCUCAUUUAUCAAAAAGAAAUCUUCCUCUUCUUCCUCGUCACAGUCUUCUCAGCACCAACAGAACCUUCCGAUGCCACCCAAGAGAAGCAGUUCCUUCCGGGAGAUGGAGACGCAACCUCACAAAAAGUACGAGCCUACACCCGAUUUCAGCGCUCCUCCUCCCCUGCCCCAGUCAGACAGUUUAGGGGGCUUCUCUGCGUCUCCUUCCCACUCACAUGGGGAACCUAUCCAGGCACAGUCUCGCUGCUGCGGGGCAGCUUUUGGACAGAAACCCUCUGGGGGAGGCUUUGGUUCACAGGUGACAAGUGGUAGCAGUUGGAGUGGGCUGGCUGGCUUUUUUACCCCUAGACUCAUUAAAAAGACCCUGGGGCUACGGACAGGAAAGACAUGCUCCGCAGACGAGGGUGGAAAUAUAGUUGGUGGGCCUAAACCUUUCCCUAGGUCCAAUUCUACCUCCUCAAUGUCAGCUGGGCUGCCUGAUUUGGAGCGCAUGGCUCUGACGUUACCCAGGAACCGCAGUGCUAAACCGCCUCUGGAGAGGACUGCCUCGACAACCUCUCAGCCAGAGAACGGGGCUGCACGAGCGUCAGAAACUCUGCUGAGGAGGAUGGAUGAGGGGACUGCACAGAUCAGGGAAAGGCCCAAAGCCAAGCUACUACCCCGGGGCACUGCUGUAGGGGUGAGGGCACCGGGGGUUGGGGGGGAAGUUGGGGAUUCGGACAGCCUGUCCCGAGUCAGGGAGGGUAGAGAGGAGAGCGGAGGACUGGACAGGCAGCAGAGUUGGACAUCUCCCUCCAAGUCCUCUGGCUUGAGCAUGUCAUCAGCUGCAGCAGGUGGGCCGACUCACAACCACAAAGUCCCAGUGCUGAUCUCUCCCACACUGAAGCACAGCCCAGGUGACGUGCACCUGGUCGGGCUAGACUCUCAGGGGAACCGCUUUAAACUGCUGUCUGAGCACCAAGCAGACCGAGACAAGCCACGCCUCGUCAAACCCAAGUGUGCGCCGCCGCCUCCCCCUACUCUGCGCAGCCUGCAACACUCCUACAGCGGCGACGGAGAAGAGCAAGUCGGAGGAAUGCCCGUGGAAGUAAAUGGGGACACAUUAAAAGGUCAAAGGUCAGGGCGAAUGUCAGGAGGAAUGAUGACAGGCAGACCAUCAGUGCCACCACCGCAAGUGCCUCCAGCUUCUUCCUUUUCUUCUUCUUGCUCUGCCACCACAAACACAACGCCCACUAAAAUGGCCAAUGGGGCGACCACCACUGCCCCCUCGCACACAGCGCCGUCUGCUGGUUCCAAAGUGGCACUGCGGCGAACUAGGCAGCAAGUGGAGAGGGCGCCCUUGGAGCGGGUUAGCCGCGAGGCCUUGCUGGACUGCGCGGAAUGCCUGAGCAGCGCGCUCCACGCCAGCUCCGAAAGCCCCUCCAGCAGCCAGGUUCUGGACGCUGGCCAUCAGCUGCUAGACUACUGCUCAGGUUACGUGGACUGCAUCCCUCAGAUGAGGAACAAAUUUGCCUUUCGAGAGGCAGUGGGGAAGCUGGAGCUCAGCCUGCAGGAACUGAGAGCCUCGUCGUCAGGAGGCGGGGGGUUGGGUGGCGUGGGGUCCAACACUGUACUGGAUAACCUACACAGCUGUAUUAAAGAGAUUAGUGACGUAGUGCAGAGGUAGCCACCGUGACAACACAAAUCUUCACCUCUAACUACCCAACAGAUCGCUUUGAUUCCUUUUUUAUGUUUCAGGUUCUGUUGACAGCUUUCUGGGGACAGAUCGAGACGCACCUCUGCAGUACCUCACCAUCACUACAAGAAAUAACUUUUUUUUUUAAUUGUUUACAAAUCAGUUUGAUAAAAUGCCAGUGUGGACACUAAUUUUCCUCUAACCUGUACAUAUUGAGAAAUCUACCAAACUAAAUUCAAGUCGCACCAUGAAACGUGUCACCACAACUUUUUACGUGGCCUUGAUGUGAAGGCGUCUUUGCUGCCUGAAUGUCGAGUGUAUCAGCUGUGUGUAGCCAGCCAAUGGAGUAGGUAAAGCUCACUCUGCUUCCCCUCAAUUUAAACUCGAGAAUUGUUUUACAAAUAUGUAAGUGUACCGUUUUCCUCUGUGUCUGGAGAAACAAGUGAUCGUGAGCCAUUUUUGGAAACUACAUUCAUGUGAACUCCUUCGAGGUACGAGGGGUGGUGGGGGGGUGUUCUCAUAGGCCAGUUGGACAAGUGUAAAAAGGUUAUAAAUAACACCCACACCUGCUUUUCCCCUCGUGUGGGGUUAAAGUCUGGUUGCGUUUCUGUUUUGUUUUGUUUUUUCAAUAGUAACCGUGAAAUUUCCACACGUCCACCUGAUUCUAAUAAAAGUUUUAGCGAUUGCCUACAAAAGUAAACGUGUGCAUUUCACAGAUGUUCCCCACAGCACUGACACAUAACGAACGAACACAGAAUUUGUCUUUGCUUCAGUGACUGAUGUUCACACCUUAACGUAGUGCCACAAAAGUGGGGAAUCUCCCCAGCCCCUUAAACAUUUCAUUAUUCGUGUCCAGUUAUCCUCGCACGCUGCUUCGUUGUUUUGUACGAUGGAGCUGAAACACGUGGAGUGAGGAAAGAUAGAGCACAGGGUAGCACACGAGCAGGUGAACUGGGACAGUGUUUUUAUAAGUGUCCUUGCGAGUGUGGACAGUGCUGGAGUCCCUGUAGCCUUGUCAUGGCCUCAGUGCCUCAUUCUUCAGUGUAAGAACGCUGCGAAACGCAGAGACCUACUUUACACUAAUCACACAGUACUGAUCUCUCAACUAACUGCAGUAUGUCUUCAGCACAUGAGCAAUUUGUACAUUAUUUGGUUCACAGAAAAAUGCUUUUUAGAAUGUCUAUGUAUGAACUUGAAUUUUAAAUUAUUGUUGUUUGGGGUUUUUUAAAGCACAGACCUAUUUUAAAAGAAAAGCUAUGUAAAUAUUUGACGUAUUUCAUAUCCAGGAAUCAAAAGAUUUAUCUGUGGUCACAGCAUAAAAAACAAUGUUUCUGACUGAAGAGAUGUAUUUCAAGGCCCAUCCACCCAGAUCUGAUUAUCUGCUUUAUGAAUGUAUUCUUCUGUUCUCAACCUGGUUGAAUGUUCAACUGCGUGUCUCUUUAAUCUCUUAAGGUGCCAUAUUCUUUUUUCCAUUUAACUUACUGGCCCAUACUUUAUUUCGAUCACACUAAAUAAGUCCAGAGAUAUCUGCUCUGUUUUUUGAGCACAAGCAGAAUUGUGUACAGCACAUACACAACUAUUAUUUUCCUUUUUGUUUGUUUACUUGCUUCGGUUCUCAUAUUUAUGUACACUGGAUACGGCCUCGAUCUCAUUGGUUCAUUGACACAUGCUCUGUACAUGUAAAAUUGUAAACACUGCUGCAAGUCCGUAACACUUUUAAUGCCUUUAAUGGCAUUUUUUUUUUUUUUUGUGGUGCAUUUCAUCCUUUAAUUUUUCUUCUUAUUGUGCGUCAGUAAAAUUGCCCUUUUUUGCCAAACAGGAUGCUUUUAGACGAGCUGAUUUUUGUGCAUUUAAAAUAACAUGAAAUGAAAAAAUGCCACCUUUCUUCACAUUCUUGGUGCCUUUUUGUGAAACAACUUGUCCACUGCGAGGACUCACAGAAUGUUCAAGUCCCUCAUUAAAACUCAUGCGUAUGUUUCAGUUUCAACGACAUUGUUAUAAUCCUGUCACUGCACUGUCGGUUUCUGUCAUUUGGAGGUUAACAGCCCGAUGCCAACAUGUGCUUUUUGGCCAUAUUAGAUAUUUGCCAGUUGGUGUCAACAUCUGUAAUAAAUGCAUUAAAAUUUAGAAGAGAUGGGAGAAACACCCUUCAACCACGUUAUGAAUGUUGAUAUUCUAUAUCUUGUCCACUAGAGGGAGCUCUGCAACUUUCAUGUUGGCAACACAGCAUAAAUAAAUACAUGAACAGAUUACCCCAAUAAAAGUUAGGGAAAUAUUUUUAGUUCUGUGUGACUGAAAGAAAAAUAUUGGAUCAACAAUUGUAUCAGUCGGACUCUAUUUGGAAAAUCUGUAACUAGUCGGGUUUAUUUGUGGCUGUUAGCGCUGUUAGUGCUAUUAGCGCUGUUAGCGCUGUUAGUCCGGUCACACAAAUCUGCCUGAUCUGAUCACACUUCAGUCUAAAACCUUAAGAACUGACUAGCACCAGAUUGGCCUUAGUUUCUCUUUACUUUGUGUGAUACGCCUUUUUAGAUGGUGAAAGGAAAAUUCCUGAAAUCAUGCAUUUCUUUUCCAAACAGUUUUAUUUAUUUUUAUUUUUUAAGGAUUUAAUCGUUGAUUGUCAGCGAACUGAUUUCGUACCAACUCACAAGCCUGAUCUCAUGACCAAUGCUGUUUAAUAUUUAAGCCUGACCACAACAUUUUUGCUCAUUCUCAGUCCUUUACAUUGACUUUAUUUAUGUGUUUUGACUGCAUUGAUCCUGUAGAUCUGUUUAUUUUGUCUUCUCGUGUCUCCCUGUUGUGGAGUACAGCUCUGAAGAACGUGCGUACGUAUCAAUAUACCAAAGGCCGCGUCUUCAGUUGUAUGAGUGCAAUGUAAAAUCAACACACAGACACACCGUAAUGAAAUAUGUGAAACUGAACAGGGAUGAAAAAUGGCAGAUGUUAACAUUAACUUUUUUAUUGUACAAAAUAUAUAUUUUGUGUUUUGUUUUGUUUUUUUAUUUAAAGCUCACAUUAUAUUACUGUGAAGUUUUGCUUAUCAGUGUUAAGCCUAUUGUAAAUAAUAAAGAUAUUGAUGAAUAUUG